AUGAUUGAAGACGAGAUCAACCGUGGGCUUAUAACAAUAGUGGUGUCUGCAGGUGGGGGAUGGAAAGUUGAAGGGGCGAAGGAGAGGUUGAGGCGGAGAGGGCUGUCAUUGGCCCGCGCUAGCUCCAGCUUUCUCCAAAGGGCCACGCCGCAUCUUUGCCCGAUAAACAAAGUACACAAGUCCUCGAGCCACGACACAACUCUUUGCUGCUUACGACGAUAUUCACCAAUAUACUUGACUACUGCUCUCAUGGCUUCCAACAAGGUACCGGUCUAUUCGACCAAUGAUCUCAAGUCCACCAGUGACGAUGCGCUUCUUCCUUAUCUGACCAAUCUGCCUGCACCCUACGCUUUCACUCCCGAUCACUCGAAAUCAAACAUCCGCUUCGUGGUUGGUUACAGCGCCGUCGCAAUCGCAGGCUUCACAUUCUAUGCAGACCGUACCCUUGGCUGGGAAGCAACAACAUCCCCUUGGAUCAUCGCUGCUGUAGCGACAUACUUUAUUCUGAACACAUUCCUUACAUACUGGAUCUGGGCCGUCGAGGCUGGCGAGGUAUACUCUGGCAAGAGAAAGACAGGCGAGACGAUAUCUGUUUCUUCGUCCGCUCAAAAAUUCUCCAGCAUUUACAAGUUGCACGUCGUCUAUAAAUCUGCCGCUGGGAAAGUUCUACAGGAUAAGCGCUACGAAGCGCCGUUCACCACUUGGUUCUCUGCAGAAGGCAUAUUCCACCCUGAGCCUUUCCGCAGCUGGGUUGCUAGUGAAAUUGAUGUUUUGAGGUUGGCGGCCAAGCAGACUGAAAAGAAGUCUGGCUGA